CCAAGAGCUACGGUGCUAUUUACAGAGCAUUAAUUAAGUAUACCAACAAACCUCAAUUGUUCUCGUUCUGAGGUCGACAAGAACUAGCGCUGGGGGGGGGCACAGACAGCUAUAGUACAAGGAAUGGUCACACCUCGAGCCGACAAUAGCGCUAGUGAAACAAGUGCAACUGUUGAUGGAUCACAGGACACAUAGUCCUUCUGGAUUGGAGAUAUCAUACACCAAUGCAUGGGGCAAGAAUUGAUCUCAUGGUUAAGCAGGAAUGCUUGGUGCACAUCAUGCUCAAGCUCACCCAGUGAAUAUUGAGUCCGGAGCAACAGCACAAGGACAAGAUAAACAAACGUACAUACAUGCUUACGCACAGUGAAGGACAGGGAAUGCAUCAGUGCCACAGUCUCGGUGGCCACAAAGUGAGAAUGGUUCUUGUGGGUCAUUGUUUCACAGAUGGUGAACGCACACAGUCAGGUAAACAAUUAUCCACGAUAUGUCAGCCGCAGAGUGAAUGGCGAUUGUGGGUUAGCAGAAUUUCCGAUGUAAGUCCAACUUCCGCUACGGUCACCCUCUUGUUAAUUGGCCACUUCACCCGGUUGGCUAUCUGUUCGCCCCAAUGCAUCCGGACGAGUUUGGCACACCUGCCAUGCCUUGGCUCCGUAACGACGACGAUGGGUGCCUCGCUUGUUCGCUUAGAGUUUUCCUUCUUAAAAUCUGUGCUUGGUGUAGUUUUAAUCAUAUGCGAAAGAAAAGAGAAGAGUAGGCUUAAUGUAGCUGCAUAUGAGUCUUCAAAGCUUCGGUUGUGUUAGCCG